AUGGCGCCAUCUGUGCCACUCGACGAAAUACCGACACUCAAGCUGCUCUAUAUGCUCAAGAAGAUCGAACCUACCGCGAACAACACGCCCGAAUAUUCACCAAGUUCCACAUACAAUGACAGAAUCAGUGUCAUUCGCCAAGACAUCACCACGCUCGCCGUUGACGCGAUUGUAAACGCUGCAAACACGUCGUUGCUUGGUGGAGGUGGCGUCGAUGGCGCUAUCCAUCGCGCAGCAGGCCCUGAGCUGUUGGAUGAGUGUGGGACACUUGGUGGCUGUGAAACUGGCAGCGCAAAGAUUACGGAUGGCUACGAACUGCCUGCUGACAAAAUCAUACACGCUGUGGGACCGAUCUAUUGGAAUAAGAACAAGGAUGACGCGGCAAGAUUGCUAGCAGGCUGCUACAAGACAAGCUUACAACUAGCUGUUGACAACGGCUGCAAGAGUAUUGCGUUCUCGGCCAUCAGUACUGGUGUGUACGGCUACCCUAGUGGUGAGGCGAGCUUGGUCGCUUUGGAGACUGUGCGCACAUUUCUGGACGAAGGCGAGAACGCAGAUAAACUUAGCCGCGUCAUCUUCUGUAACUUCCUCGAGAAAGACGAAAACGCAUACUUCAGAAACAUACCGACAUUUUUCCCUCCUGCAUCUGAUGCGGUAGAAGGUCUUGAAUAUGACACAGAAGAAGAGCAAGAGGAGGAAUCAGAAGCAAAUGCCGCAACUGAGAUUCUUUCACAGCUUCCAGACGCUCCCACCAACGAGCCCGUAGAUGUCGAUCAUGCCGAGCAACCGUCGCAGAAGAAGCAGAAGACCGAUGAUGUUUCAGAUGACGACUUUAUCGUGGUCGAUAAGGAGGAUACGGAGGAGACGAAGCCAAAGGCAGAACUCUAA